GAAGGAAAAUCUCUCCUCCUUUUCUUCUUUAUAAAAAAGAAAAGAAAAUAUCAAAGAUUAUCAUAAUUCAUACGUUUCGUCGCAGCUGCAAGAAGAUGAGACGAACGAAUACGAAUGGUAAAACGCAGGGGAACGAAACCCAAAACUCUCUCUCUCUCUGUAUCACUCUAUUACACUGCAAAUGAAAAGAGACGAGAAUCUCAUUUUUAUUACAUCUAAAUACCCCCAGCAGUAGCUGCAGCAGAUUUCAGGCGCUUCUCAUGAAUGAUAUAAUACUAGUUUCUGUUUCUGUUUCGUAACUCCAAGGAGCUUUGGAGUUUGAGCAGAGAGAGAGAGAGAGAGAGAGGAGUAUUCGUUUUUUGGGUUUUGGGCUGUUUGGAAGGUGAGAGUGUUUGGAUGAGAAUGAGUAGUUGGUUGGGAUUUUCACUGUCGGGACAGCAGAUUGGUGGGGUUGGUGAUGGAGGGUCGAGAAGAGAAGGAGAAGAGGGGGGAGGAGGAGGAGGUUGUUAUGAAGGAUAUGGAGGAGGAGGAGGAGAGGAGGAAGGGUUUUCUCAUAUGUCUGGAAUGCCUUUAAGGUCUGAUGGGUCUCUUUGUAUGAUGGAAGCUUUCAGAAGAUCUACUGCUGGAGAUUGGAGAUAUGAACAUUCCAUCCCCACCACAGCAACCUCUGGCACGAAUCCCGACACAGAUGGUCCCAAGCUGGAAGAUUUCUUAGGUGGAUAUUCCAAUACUACCCCUGACAAUACCCACAAUAACACCUCUACCCAACCACCUCUCUCUUCCUUCAACCACCAACCCUACUAUCAAAACCCUAGCCCUAGAAUCAAUGUCAAUGUUCCACCAACAUCUUUCAACACCACCCCAAUUGAGAGAGAUGACUACAACAUCCAAACCUCAUCUCCUUUAAUCCCAGCCUUCCAUCAUCAGGCCCACCAUCAGAAUUACACUGAGAGCAGCCAACCACUAAUCCCCUCAGCUCAUCUCCAAAACCCGAACAACAUCUACCAUGUCCCGAUCGACGGUGGUGGUGGUGCCACGUCGAUUGCAGGAUUCAAGUCGUGGUUGAGGCAGGGACAGUUCCCGGCCGAUAAGUCUCCGGCCGGCAGCGAUGUUGCUGAUAAGUGUAAUUUCCAGUCAUUGACGCUGUCGAUGAGCCCGGGCCCACAGGGAGGCGGUGGGACGGCUGGGAUAGCUUGCGUCGUGCCGUCGCCGAUGGCGGCGGAGAAUCGGAAAAGACCCGUCGGGAAAUCCAUCGGGAGAGACCCGAUUCCAAGGAAAUCAAUAGAUACAUUCGGGCAACGGACUUCUCAGUAUCGUGGUGUUACAAGGCAUAGAUGGACAGGAAGAUAUGAAGCCCAUCUAUGGGACAACAGCUGUAGGAAGGAAGGACAAACAAGGAAAGGAAGGCAAGUUUAUCUUGGGGGAUACGAUAAGGAAGAAAAGGCUGCUCGGGCGUAUGAUUUAGCUGCACUCAAGUACUGGGGCCCCACAACUCAUAUAAAUUUCCCGCUGAGCACAUAUGAGAAGGAGCUUGCUGAGAUGAAGAACAUGACAAGACAAGAAUUUGUAGCCAACUUAAGAAGGAAAAGCAGUGGUUUUUCAAGAGGUGCAUCUGUCUACAGAGGGGUGACUAGGCAUCAUCAACAUGGAAGAUGGCAAGCGAGAAUAGGAAGGGUUGCAGGCAACAAGGACUUGUACUUGGGAACAUUCAGCACCCAAGAAGAGGCAGCUGAAGCCUACGACAUUGCAGCCAUCAAAUUCCGAGGCAUCAGUGCAGUGACCAACUUCGACAUUAGCAAGUACGACGUGAAGCGCAUAUGCUCAAGCACAACCCUCAUCGCCAGCGAUCUAGCGAAGCGAUCUCCAAAGGAUUCUUCCUCUGCUGCCACAUCAGACGACCAGGAUCAUCCCUCCCUGUGCCCUCAGGCCCCACUUGCAAUAACAGCCAGCACCACUGAAGAAAUGCAGAACAUAACAUGGAACAACGAUCAGCAACAACACUACAAACCCAGUUCAUCAAAUCCAAUGAUGAACGAGUCAGGUCAGCUAGUGUCCUCAUCAGACCAGGACAGCCCAAAACAAUCGUCAGCUAUCCACCAAAAUGACAACAAUGGACGGAAAUUGGCAAUGACGUCGGCGUUCUAUGAUGGUCAUGGAUAUAACAAUGGUAGCGGCGGAGGAGAUUUCACACAGUCGAUCUUCUUCCCACCGCCUGGAUUGAAGUAUGAGAAUGGUAAGGGUGGUAAUGAUAGCGGGAGCAGCGAUGGCGGGAAUGGGAAUUGGAUGCCAGCGGCCCGACCCAUGCCUGUGGUGCAUCAGCUUCCUAUGUUUGCUUUAUGGAAUGAAUGAGAGAGGUGGAGUGGGAGAGAGUUGUAAUCAGACAAGGAUUCCAUAAAAGAAGAAAAUAGUAGAGAGAGGGUGAUAGAAUGUUAGUAGAAAAAACAUUCCAAUUUUCCUUGUAUAUGAAUAUGGGAUUACAGCUUUGUUUCA